UACUGGUCUGACAUGGUCUGGUCGCUAACAACACUGUCAGUUUCUGCUUCAUUUGUGCUUGAGGACCAACGCUCACCAUGAAGUACAGGACGGUGGUGAUGUACACGGAGAUCGGCUGCUUCGUGUCCUGCCUGUGCGGGUGGAUCCUGGUGUGCUCCACUCUCCCCACAGAGUACUGGACUUUCUCUGAAGUGGGUAGCAUCGUCCUGACAACUGCCAACUACUACUCCAACCUGUGGAGGGACUGUGUCUCAGAUACCACAGGGGUCUCCGACUGCAAGGAUUACCCCUCCAUGCUGGCCCUGCCUGUGUUCUUACAUGCAUGCAGAGCCUUAGCCGUCUGCGCAGUCAUCACCGGCUUCUUUGGGGGCGUCCUUACACUCAUUGGGAUGAAAUGCACUAAAAUAGGUGGAACAGAGGUCAUCAACGCAAGAGUAACCUUUGCAGGUGCUCUGACCUACUUGGCCUCAGGAUUCUGUGGUAUGAUCACCUACUCAUGGUGGGCUAACAAAGUCAUAAGUGAGUUUGUGGAUCCAAAUUUCAGGGCUCAGAAAUUUGAACUUGGAGCUGCAAUUUUUGUCGGAUGGGGAGGCUCUAUCCUUCUCAUUUGUGGGGGGUCAGUGCUGGCUUAUUUCUCUGGAAAAGAGGGGCUACCAUCAAGUUCCCCAGACGGGCCCAGAAGACCAGUCUCUUACGCCACAGCCCGGACCAGGCGGACCUACAUGCUCCCGGCCUCCAAUUCCAGAGUGACCCUCGUACCACCACUGUUCUACGAAGGAAGAAGGAGUCGAACGACCAGGGCAACGUCAAAAACAAGUCGGAGCUACAACAGGGACGCCUUUGUCUGAGAAAGAGACCCGAUGCCGACAAAAAGACUUCAAAUCGUUCAAGAGUGGAUGUUUUAAUUUUUUGAAGGAGAGAUGAUCUUCAGGGCUCAUUAUUGGUUUACAAACAUCAGGAUUCUUGAACUUUUUUUUUUUUUACCAAGUUUCAAAACUUUUCCAUGAACUCUCAAGGACUUGUAAUAUCAUUUCCAUGAUCACUGACUACAUUCAAGAACAUGGAAAGAAGUGUAUUUGAAUUAUGAAAAUUUAAUUGGAAACUUUAUCACUCUGUAACUUAUAAUAAUGUAUAUCCAGUUAUGUAAAACUGCGUAGUUGGUAGUUAAAGAACAA